GCCAUGGACGACACGACCAGACGCUGACAACCGGCGCCAUGAGGAUACGCCCGGGAAGCCAGUUCCCCGCCCGCACGGUGCAAGGGAAAAAUGAGAAAAACAAACCGUUUCUGAAAACGGUGAAAAAUGAUGCCAAUAAACAAGAAAAGCUGAAGUACAAGCCACUCUGGGGGAAAGUGUUCUAUCUGGAUCUACCCUCGAUUGGGACUGCCGAGAAACUAGAAAUGGACCUUAAGGAACUGGGCGGGCGAGUCGAAGAAUUUCUCAGCAGAGAUAUCAGUUACCUCAUUUCCAGUAAAAAGGAAGCAAAAUUUGCCCAGAUGUUUGGCCGCAUUUCUCCAGUCCCAAGUCCGGAGUCUGCUUAUACUGGAGGAAACAGUUCCCCUAAUCCCAGCCAUGAUGGAAACUCAGUUAAGACUUUGGAUGCGGUGUGCGUGAGCCGAGGAAAAUUGCUAGUUGAAAAAGCUAUCAAGGAACAGGAUUUCAUUACUCCAAAUAGUAUAUUAUCAAAUGCCUUAUCCUGGGGAGUGAAAAUUCUCCAUCUUGAUGAUAUUAAAUGUUACAUUGAGCAAAAGAAGAAAGAAUUGUGUUUGAUCAAGAAAUCAAGUUCCUCUGUUAGAGAAGAGGUCAGACUGCCUAGUUAUCGGAAAACAAAAACAGGAAGACUCAAAAAGCCAUUUGUGAAAGUGGAAGAUGUGAAACGCCAUUACAGGCCAUUUUACCUUCAGUUAGCUGAUACACCUCUCCUAAAUUAUUCCACUUCUAAGCCCUGCAGUCCAUUCGAUGCGGAUAAAACUACUUGUGUUCAAAAGCCGACUCAAGCAAAAUUGAGAAACAAAGCAGACGGUGGACUUCUAGCUCCAGUUCCUCUGAAAGAGAAGAAAAAGAAAGGCUAUUGUGAAUGCUGUUUACAGAAAUAUGAAGAUCUUCAAACUCAUCUUGUAAGCGAGCAGCACCGAAAAUUUGCCCAAAGUACCUGUUACCAAGUUGUCGAUGAUAUGAUAUCCAAAUUAGUUUACGAUUUUGUGGAAUUCAGAAGUGAUGAACCAAGGAGGGAAAGACUACAACCGAGUCUCAAAUACUUUGUCCCUACCCUCGGAAACCUCCUCAGAAAAGGUGAGGGUCAAGUAGAAUCUCCAAAGGUUUUCCAGUCAGGCCUCUGGAGACCCGUUCCGGCACCCUUGAGGAAACAGGACUUUGGGGGUACAGAAGACGCACCGAGUUCUUCCGUAAAGUUUGGGGUUACGGCGGAACCUUCGAGCUCCGCGGCUAAACUCAGGGGAAAUCUUGACAAUAGCCAAGCUCGCCUAGUCAGAGCAGCACAGACCGCUAUUGUGCCCAAAUUUGUGUGGCUUCACCCCCCUGAGGAGAAUCCGGCUUGUAAAGGAACCUCUUUUGAGGGUGCUGAACGGAAAGACUGUGAGAGCCUAGACAGAGGGCUCUGUGCAAGCACUGUGAAUACGUCCACCUUGAACGAAAACCAUCUAAUCCUGUCGCAGGUGAAACGGAAAUCCGGCGAGGUACUCUUUCCCGGGAAAACAUCGAAGAAGACGAACCUUCAUUCGAGCUUUACCCUACGCCACGUGGAGAAGAAUGAUUUACGAGAAGAGCGUCAGAGGCCUCCAACGGCAAGCGCGACCCCCGGCAUGAGGAACCAAGACCCCGAAGAACACGGCUUCCCAAGUACGGACAGUUUGCCUUUUGAAGAGCGGUGGGAGACAGCGGAAGGGCACUUAGGAAAAAGUAAAAAGACACAGAGACAAAGAAAGAUGUUGUCAUCACACCGAGCCGACCAGCUUCCCAGAGCAGGAGAAAAGAUUACCCUUAGUUCAAAAAAUCAGUCUUUACCGGAAUUAUUUCAGACCAGCGAGAAGAAUUCAGAUUUUGGGGGUUUCACGGAUUUUUCCAAAAACACUGACUCGUGUGUCUGGGAAAGAGAAAAUACAAAUAGUCUGGUGCCAGUGUUUCUCUCUUCUUCUACCUCCACGUUUCCUGGAUUUUAGUGGUUUUACAGUUUUACAACAGUGGCUUCUGGAACAAAUUGCAUCACAUUUUUAAAAGUAUUUUUUUAACGAUGAUACUGGGUAAAAAUUUCCUUAAAGUUUGAUGUUUAAAGACACCCACCCCUCCCCACCUGCCCACCCUCAGUGUUAAAAGAUUCCAGUAUCUUUCAUAAAGAACCGUAUUACCUUUAAAAAGAUAAAUUUGGUUGUCAGGUGAAGGCAGUAGCCAGUUAUAACGUCUUAGCUGGCAACUAAAGUGCCUAUUACAUAGAAAAUUACAUUCUAAGAGAAAUGUUUCUGAAUAAAUGGUUAAAACC